CGCCGGCUGUACCAGUCAAACUCUCGACCACAACCCAUCGGUGUGUGUCAUUUUGAAAUUCUUUAAAAGAAGAAAAAUAAAUCAUCUCUUUUCGGUAUAAUCGUUAGACGUAAUAGUUCUUGAAAUAUUCCUCGUAAUAUCUCAAAGGUCAUCCCGUAUACUUUAUUAUCCCGAGUGAGUCCAAUUAAAUUGAACUUGGGAUAACGAGGUGGAAUGAGCGUUUAAUGGGAUGAAAAUUAUUCGAAAAACAAGGUCUUUGAGAACGAAGAAAAAAAAUAUGGGCUCCCUAGUGAGUUACUUUUGGGGCAAUACGAAUGAUGCGGUAAUCGAUUCUGCUACAGGAUUAAGUGGAAAGGAGAAAAGACUUGUGCAGGAAUCUUGGGCAAUUAUUAGAAAGAAUCCUGUUGACGCAGGAGUAGCGAUUAUGUCAAGAUUCUUUAAAGUUUAUCCUCAGUAUCAAAAAGUCUUUCCGUCGUUUAAAGAUUUACCUGUAGAAAGUUUACCUGGAAACAAGAAAUUUCAAGCUCACUGUCAGAGUAUUGUUACCACUUUGAGUAAUGCUUUUGAUUCUUUGCACGAUUCUGGUUUAUUAGAAGCUAAUCUUCAUAUUCUUGGAGAGAGGCAUGGCAGACGUGGACAAGGGAGACAAGAAUUUAUAGAUCUCAAGGAAAUUAUUUUAAAUGUUUUAAAUGAAUCGUUGGGCGGGAAAUUUGAUCUGGAGACUGCGGCAGCGUGGGACAAAAUAAUGGAUGUUAUUAAUGUGGAAAUUUUUAAAGGAAUGGAAAAGUAAAUAAAUUAUGAUUAAACUUUUUCUUACUUGGAAACAUCACAUGGAAUAUUGAAAGCAAUAUUAUUUAAUUUGGAAAGAUUUGGGUAUAUUGUUUUGUAGGAACAAUGAGAAGGGUGUAAUUACGUCAACUAAUGGAUGCUUUUCUUCGAACCCUCCCUAGAAUCUGCGUCAUGAUGUUUAUAUUUGUUUAUAAUUAAUUUUUCGAAAUUUGUAAUUUUUAUAGUACUCAGAGCCUUUUAACACUUUUAAUGUAACACUUUUCAGGAGAAAUUAUAUGUACGACGUACAUUAAAAGCUUUGGUAUAGUUAAAUUAAAAAACUAUAUAUUAUUACAAGUAAAAGUACUUUAUUAUUCAGAUAGAUUUUCGAUAAUGAACUUUCGAUGUAAUAUAUUUCCACGGACUUUUCAUAUUCUCGCAACUAUUAUAUAUUUCUAAUCGACACAGUAUAAUUAAUGCAUAAAUUAUCUUAAUUACAUUCCAUUAUAUCCUAAUAUUAAUAUUGUUCAUUAGACUUCAUUCUAUUCGACGAUACUUUGUACCUCUUUGAUUCGCUUACUCACGCUCAACAAUUGUUUUUCUUUUAUUUGAUAGCUGUCAAAGUAUGUAUAUUGUCUUAUUUAAGGUUGACAUAUUACGAGAAAAAAAAGUAAAUAGAACAUUUUUUUAUUA